CUCUCCUCUCGACGGUGACGUCAUGAAACUGGACUGAUUUGUCGAAACUGUUGGAAUUUGAGUGCAGAAUUCUGGAGCACUUUUUUUUACUGACUUGUGUACGCGUGUGUGCAUGCAUGAUUGUUUUAGAGCGACUUAAUUCAAGUAUCAAUUAAUUGAACAAACGAUUACAUUGUACUCGCUGGACAGAUCUACGUAAAUGCAAAUCUAGAUGAACAAAGCAAACAGUGGAUCGGAUGCGUCGCUGUGUUACUGAAAAUGACAACGAGACGAACAAUUUACAAGUAUUAAAGGUCUGAUGUCCGCGCGCACAGCCAUGUUCACGAAGAAGAAGAAGCUUCGCAUCCAGAUCUCGGCGCCGUCCAACUUCGAGCACCGUGUGCACACGGACUUCGACCAGAACGAGCAGAAGUUUGUGGGGCUGCCGCGGCAAUGGCAGAGCCUGAUCGAGGAGUCGGCCAAGCGUCCCAAACCGCUCAUCGACGCCUCCUGCAUCACCACUGUGGAGCCCCGCAAGGCAAUCGUUCGUGGCAGUAAGAUCUCAGUGGACGGUGCGUCUCUCACAUGGCUGCUGGACGAAUUCGAGACCAUGUCUGUGACUCGCUCCAACUCUCUCCGUCGGGUCAGUCCCCCGUCCCAGCCCCGCCGGGACUCUGCCCCCGCAGGGGGGCUCGAAAACGGGGAGGCAGCCAGACCGAGACCCCCUGGAGAGAGAGGAGGGGAGAUGCAGAGACCGGGACAGGGAGGCAGGGAAGAUCCAGACAGGAAACCUUCCAGGACGCAGCAGCAGCCCAGAGGGCAGGAGCCCAGCCGCAACCGGGACAGACCGCCGCCCCCCCCUUCCAGAAUAGAACCGAGCCGGAGGCAGGACCGGGAGGGGGGGAAUCGCCACCAGAGCCAGCCAGGGGAAGAGGACAGGGUGGUGAGGCGGGACCCCGGCCAGGAGAGGAGGCCCAAGUCUAGCUACACUGGCACAAGCACCAGCCCCCAGUCCCCCCGGGACAAGCGCCCGCUCUCCGGACCCAAUAUCGGGGCCCCCAGCCUGCCCGGCACUGACGGGGAGAUCAAGACGGCACAGCCGACCGCCAGACCCUUCAAUACGUACCCCCGAGCAGAGACCGACGCAGGGAGGGGCGCAGGCACCCAGCCCAACAGCAAACCCCAUGAAGCCCCUUCUCACAACGGGCCCUCCAGCCUCGCCAGGGACCACGGGGGCCACAGCAAGCCCAGCACAGGCAGCAGAGGAGCAGGAACAGGUAGCGUCGGGGGCAAAAUACCCCAGGGGCAACCGCGGGCGACCCCACCCUACCACCAUUCCUCCCAUCCUGGCCUGGGUCCGCACCCCACUCCCAAUACCGCCACCACCUCCCCCUCCUCCUCAGACCCACACCUCCCCAGAUUCAGUGGCGGAGGCGCCCCCCCUUCCCAGCCCCAGCCCCCUCCCCACACCCGCUCCCCCGGUCAGGAGCCGCAGCGCGUCUCUCAUGAGCAGUUCAGGGCGGCCCUCCAGAUGGUGGUGGAUCCAGGGGACCCCCGGACGUACCUGGACCACUACAUCAAGAUCGGGGAGGGCUCCACGGGGAUCGUGUGCAUCGCCACGGUCAAGACCAACGGCAAGCUGGUGGCCGUCAAGAAGAUGGACCUUCGCAAGCAGCAGAGGAGGGAGCUGCUCUUCAAUGAGGUGGUUAUAAUGAGGGACUAUCACCACGAGAAUGUGGUUGAGAUGUACAACAGCUACUUGGUUGGAGACGAGCUCUGGGUCGUCAUGGAGUUCCUGGAGGGCGGGGCCUUGACUGACAUCGUCACGCACACCAGGAUGAACGAGGAGCAGAUCGCCACGGUGUGUCUGUCUGUCCUGAAGGGCCUGUCUGUCCUUCACACGCAGGGCGUGAUCCACAGAGACAUCAAGAGCGACUCCAUCCUCCUCACACACGACGGCAGGGUGAAGCUGUCUGAUUUUGGGUUCUGCGCUCAGGUCUCUAAAGAGGUGCAGCGGAGGAAGUCUUUGGUCGGGACCCCGUACUGGAUGGCUCCAGAGCUCAUAUCCAGGCUGCCGUACGGGCCAGAGGUGGAUAUCUGGUCCCUGGGGGUGAUGGUAAUCGAGAUGGUGGAUGGGGAGCCCCCCUAUUUCAACGAGCCCCCCCUCAAAGCCAUGAAGAUGAUCCGCGACAACCUUCCCCCCAAACUGAAAAACCUUCACAAGGUCUCUCCUUUGCUCAAAGGCUUCUUGGACAAAUUGCUGGUUCGAGACCCCGCCCAGAGAGCCACAGCCGAUGAGCUUCUGAAGCACCCGUUCCUGACCAAGUCGGGCCCGCCUUCCUGUAUCGUGCCACUAAUGAGGCAGAACCGCCGGUGAGAGGGGCGGAGCUGGACGUGACAUCACUGACCUCUCUGUGAGAUGAUGGGGCUGCCUCAAAACUGUCAGACACACGUACGAUAGGUGCCAAAACGACUUUGGGAGGGGGUGGGAUAAGAGAUACAAAUAGGAAUUCAGGUAGCUCAGAUAGACUGGAUCUCUAAGCAGUUUCAGCUACCACUAUUCUCUGGCUUUUUCCUAGAGAUUUUUCAUUCCUUUCAUAUUUUGUUUUUCCACUUUUUUUUUUUUUUUUUUUAAAUUUUGUGCUGACCAGCCCACACAGACUGCUGUCCUUCCUUCUGUCUAUCCCAUAAUACAUGGGCUUGAAGAAAUGUAAAACCCAAGCGCUACAUUGGAGAGGUCCGUGGUGAUCCAGCGUGGGUCUUUGUCAUGCCUAGGAUCCCCACUGAAGCAAUCGCAAGGAAAAAGGAAGCCUUACUUUAACGUACACGUUUCGGACACGUCCAUAAAGCUGGAAGAUCCUCGACAAAGGGAGGAUUGGUGGUCGUUUUUACUGCGACUGUCUGGGAAACCUACAGAACUCUCUCGGUUAUUAAAAAUGACAGUACUUUUUAUCGUAAGGACAGCUGCAUAUAUCUCUUGAGGGAUUUUUCUGUACUACUGUCUUUUUAUACAGAGGGACAAAGCCACUGAAAUAAAAUUAAAAAUAUAUAUAUAUAUAUACUACUGACUGCAAAAGUAAGACCACGAUUUUCAAAGAUUUUCUAUAUAGACACUGCUGUGCAAAAGUCUUGGACACAUUCAGGAGUUACAGGGCGUAGCGAUGUUGUAGCGUCUCCGGGCCUCUGCGGGUGUUUUGUGCUGUUGUGCAGCUUUGUCUGUUGUUGAUGCAGCUUGGUUUGGGUGGGGGGGGGGGGGGGAGGCCAGACCUGUCGUUUUAGAGGUCUUUGGUUCGCGUUCAUCGGGGUCUUCAAGAACUUGUGAUCACAGCAAAUCACGGUGAACUGUGCAUGGGCAGCUGGUGGGAGGUGUUGGGGUGGAGUCCAUCACAUUUACCCAGUGGUUCUCAAUGGGGGGGGGCGCCCCCUAGAGGGGGGAGCAAGAAGCAUCCAAAAAAAAAAAAAAGGUUUCUUUAUAUAUAUAUCAAUAGAAAGGCCAUUAAAAUCAUUUAAGUUGAUGUAAGGCGCAGCAAGGUCAGGUAAACAAACAAUGUGCGAUUGAGACAUGAAAAAUGCCAAGAGUGGAAACAUGCAAAAAUGUCUCAGACUUUUGCACAGCAGUGUAUACACACACACACACACACACACACACACACACCCAUCAUAAGUACAUUUAUAUUUUAGGAAUAGUUUUGUUGUGUUAAGGAAAGAACACUAAGGAAGAUCAACACUGGAAUUGUGUUUAUGUGGGGUUUUAUAUAUAUAUAUAUCUAUAUAUAUAAAUCUGUGUUGUUGUUUUUUUUCUUAUCUAGCAAGCACUGUUUGUUUUAGAGGUAGGUGCUGCACGUGUUUUUGCGUGAAACGCAUGACGGGGUGAGCUAGUUUGAAUGCAUUUUCUUUUCUUACAGAGACACGUUAGUUUUUAAUAGAAAUAAUGAUCCUUCACCAGUGUCAGUACCAGUUUCCUUUAGAGAAACUGUCACUAAAGUCGCUCUGGGUGUGCCCCUUUUUCCUAGACGGUUAUGAAAUAAGACUCCCGUUGCACAGCAGUGUGAUCCAUUCCUGGUUUCACUGAGUUUUAUCAGACACACCUGAGCUUGUUACCUAGACACAGUGGCGCUGACCAAGCUGGUAGUAAAACCUGGAAUGAGUGACACUGCUGUGCAACAGGAGCCUUAUUCCCAUCCCUGCUUCUCCCAGUCGCCUCUAUUUAGGGCUUCUUGUUUGGGGGUUUUAUUUUUGAUCACGUGAUGUCCCUUUUAAACAUUUUGAGCUGAUUCGCUUUCUUAAUCAAACACUAAUUACCAAAGGAAGUUGUUUCUUUUUACCCUCAUAUCUUGAUUGAGUUCACAAUCGACGUGCCUUGAUCUGACCUGAUUCUAUUUGGACCUGCAUUUCGUUCUGCCUCUCAUCGCCGAAUUCAUCUUAUUAAUUUCCACUGCGUUAGUUUAUAGUAGUGCGUCUCUAAUUUAAACAAUCUGGUAUUCAGUUAAGGCUUAACAACUAUUAACUAAGGUUUAAAGGGAGGGAGAGAGAUGGAAAAUAAAAACCUAAAACCGGAAGCCCUACGUAUAUUUUACAGAGGAGGCUUGCUCCCCGUUAGACCCACAGUGACACCAGGUUCAUUCAAUUGGUACUUUACCCUCAAGAGCACAAGGGGGGGGGGGGGGGGGUCCAGUUCAGGGUGACUGUGUUAGGUACGAUCUGAGUUUUUGUCCUCCUUUCCUUUAGUGAGCCUGAAUCAAGAGAGCCAAAGAAGUUCCUCUCGCGGACUGCCCCUCCCCACUGAAACGAGCCCCCCCCCCCUUCCUGUAGCUGCCGAGUUCGCUUCGUUCAGCCUGUCUGUGUGAACCUUGUUUUAGUAUUUGGAGUCCCAGAAGUUUUUAGUGAUCCUAUUGCACAGCAGUGUGAUCCAUUCCAGGUUUUACUGCUACCAUCUUGAUCAGCCCCACUGUGUGUGCAGGUAACAAGCUCAGGUGUGUCUUUAAUAUUAAACUCAUAGUCUAAACAGGAAUGGAUCACACUGCUGUGCAACGGGAGUCUUGUUUCCAUCCCUGCCCCUUUCUUUAAUAAAACUGUCUUAGGAAAUCCCAGACUGUGGUUCUGUCGUGUCCAAUCAAAUAUAUAGACAAUCGGAUGUGCCUUACCAAACCCCUGCAUGCUUUCUCAUUGAUGAUAUAUAUAUCUAGAUAGAUAGAUAGAUAGAUAGAUAGAUAGGCAUUUCUUUUUUACAUUGCAUUGAGGGGUUCUUGCAACACCAUAACCCAAAAGAGCAAAGCUAAAUUCACCAGAAACCCUUGCGAUAGAAUUGCAACCUAAACUAAUUAACUUCAGCCUCAUUUGUAAUACAUUAUUUUAUAACAUAAGGAUUCCACGACUUCGAAGGCAGUAUUUUUCGUUGUGUGUUGUGUUUUUUUUUUUUUGGUUUUUUUUUUGGAUCUUGAACGAUUCUUCUUUUUUUUUUUUUUUUACAUUAACUAUAUGGGGGAACAAAGCGCUAUGUAAUUCAAUAUGUUCACGUAACAUUAUUCAGCAGGUUUCAUUCUACAGGGUGAUGCAAAUCCAUAGCUGUACUUCUCUCACUGGGUGAUGUGGACUCCCUCACCCCAACUAGGUAAUUGUCAAGUGUCUUAUCAUGGUACCAGUAAGAGGGGUGGGGGUGUGCUGGUUUUGAAUCGCCCAGUUACACAAAUUUGUGAAACUAAACCUUAUGUCGUCCAUUGAAGGCAUUGAAAAAGACUUCUGGGCUAAACCUGUUGAAUUUAUUCGGUUUCUUUAGUGUUUCUGAAUUGAAAACGUCUUUUUUUUAACACUACAGCAUUUUUUUUUUGUUAGUAAAAUAUAUUCUUGGCAAUGUAUGGCUCUUAGGAAUGCUGUGAUUCCAAUGCAACUUUAAGAGGAGCGCAGUUUUAUUAGGUCUGAGGUCACUACUGACGUGUCACGCUUCAAGGCUGAUUUAAAA